AUGGACCGGUCUAGGGCCUGCGGGUGGGGAGAUGACAUCAUGGCGGAUGACGGUACCAUACGGGUGAGUGGCAGAGGGGCCGGGGAACUGCCACCCGGUUUGGAGUACCGCGCCGUCAGGAGGCCCGAAUCAGUUGAUAGCGAUUGCCGCCCAUUGUUACAAAUAGGAAUUUACAAAGUACUAACUAACUCUCUCGCUAGUGAUCGGGAUGUGGUGCGCUUGACUUACAAAGCAGCUCUCUACUAUAUCGGGAUGCCUUUGAGAAUGACCUACUCCUUUGUCCGUUGCAGUUACAAUUGGCCGCCGUUUGAGCAGCAGAAACCAUUCUGA